AUGUUUAGCUGUUUCUGCGGGCGUACUGACAAGGAAUCGGCUUCAAAGACCAAGAAACUCAAGUUCCGCUCUGCAAAAACCGUUAGCUUGCACUAUCUCUCCGAGGGGUCUCCCGAUUCGUCAUUCAAUAACGAAAGACGUCCACAGAACUUGACCAUGGCGAACCUUGCCCCACUUCAGGUUCGGCUCGGUGCAUAUGUUGGCCAAAACAGUCUCCUGGGGCCAGUACCACCUGAAAUCCUCACUCUCAUUCUGGAAGACAUGUACUUGCCUACAUUUUGUCGAUUCUUACUUGCAACAUAUCCAAUGCUAAGACAUCAUGGGCUUGUCGAGCCAUUGACCAGGCAUGAGCUGGCACGCAUGUUAAGCAGGCGAGAGCCACCCACCUUGCCCGUUCCAUACGAAAUAUUUUGGUUUAUUUUUGAUCAUAUUGAUAACUUUCGCGACAAGGCUCAGUAUGUUAUAGCACACUACACUACAUUGCUCGCUAUUCAAAGAGUUCCUGGAAUCACUCGGAGCACGUUUCUCAUGCUGCUGGCAUCUUUGAAGCUCGACUCAGCCAAUGCAGCUGCUAUCGCUCCGACCUAG